UCAAGAGUAGAAUCAACAAGGGCAACAAUAAUCGCGGAAAAGACAAUACGGAAGAUGAGUACACUAAGGAAAAAUCUGGCUUUGAUCUUUAGCGGCCCGACAGCUUCGGCUCUAGAUAAUGCACGUAAUCGAACUAGGAUGAAGCAAACAAGUCUGCGGUGUGCCCGGAUCCGAAGUCUACGCCCAGAUAGCAUCAUUUCCUGGGCCGCAGCGUUGCCAAUUACGGACUGGAAGUCGGAUGGCAUGUCUAAUGAGGUAUUUGACUACUUGGCAAGCCGAAUAGAUGCUGCCAGAGAAGUGCAGCCAUGGCCCUCCGUGGUACGAGAUGUCCUUCGUAUCUUCCAAUUGGAGGUCUUGCCGCACUCAGAAGAAUACAAUAAAUUUCUUGACGGUAAG